AUGCACGGUGGUAGUGAAGGAAGUGAAGUGCAAGAACUCAUUGCACAAAAGCGUUUACAAAUCGCUGGAAAAGGUGGGAUUUCUGGUCUUGUUGCCAACAAGAGAUCCAUGUUUAUUGCCUUUUUCGCCUCUCUUGGUGGUUUAGUCUAUGGUUAUAAUCAAGGUAUGUUCGGACAAGUCUCCGGUAUGGAUUCCUUUUCUAAAGCUGCUGGUGUCGGUGCUAUCCAAGACAACCCAGUUUUACAAGGUUUAUUGACCUCCAUUUUGGAAUUAGGUGCCUGGAUUGGUGUCUUAAUGAACGGUAUUGUUGCUGAUAAAUUCGGUAGAAGAUGGUCUGUCGUCUUCGGGGUCGUUUGGUUCCUUGUCGGUGUUAUUGUACAAGCUUGUACCCAUGGUGGUGAUUAUAACUUUAUCCUUGGUGGUAGAUUCGUUGUCGGUGUCGGUGUAGGUAUUCUUUCCAUGGUUGUCCCAUUAUAUAAUGCUGAAGUCUCUCCACCUGAAAUUAGAGGUUCUUUAGUUGCUUUACAACAAUUGGCUAUUACUUUCGGUAUUAUGAUCUCUUAUUGGAUCACUUAUGGUACUGAUUAUAUUGGUGGUGAAGGCGACAAUCAAAGUGCUGCUGCUUGGUUAGUUCCAAUCUCUAUUCAAUGUGUUCCUGCUUUAAUUUUAGGUUCAUGUAUUUUCCUCAUGCCAGAAUCUCCAAGAUGGUUAAUCAAUGUCGGACAAGAAGAAAAGUGUUUAGAUGUUCUUGCCAAAUUGAGAGGAUUAGAUAAGAACAAUGACUUGAUUCAAAUGGAAUAUCUUGAAAUGAAAGCUCAACAAUUAUUCGAAAAGGAAUUGGAAGUUACCGCUUACCCUCACUUACAAGAUGGUUCAACCAUGUCCAACAUCAAGAUUGGUUUCCAUCAAUAUAAAUCCAUGUUCACCCAUUUUUCUACUUUCAAGAGAGUUUCAGUUGCUUGUUUAAUUAUGACCUUCCAACAAUGGACUGGUGCUAAUUUCAUUUUAUACUACGCUCCAUUCAUUUUCAACUCCUUAGGUUUAUCCGGUAGAACUAUUUCCUUAUUAGCUUCCGGUGUUGUCGGUAUUGCCAUGUUCGUUGCAACUAUCCCAGCCGUCUUAUGGGUUGAUCAAUUGGGUAGAAAGCCAGUCUUGAUCUCCGGUGCUAUUGUUAUGGGUCUGUGUCAUUUUAUCGUUGCCGGUAUCUUGGGUGGAUAUGGAGGAGAUUUCACAGGACACGCAGGUGCUGGUUGGGCUGCAGUUGUUUUCGUUUGGAUCUUCGCUAUUGGAUUCGGUUAUUCUUGGGGUCCAUGUGCUUGGGUUAUUGUUUCUGAAGUCUUUUCUUUGGGUAUGAGAGCUAAGGGUAUUUCUAUUGGUGCUUCUGCUAAUUGGUUAAACAAUUUUGCUGUUGCCAUGGCCACGCCAGAUUUCGUUGCUAGAGCUAAGUAUGGUGCUUAUAUCUUCUUAGGUUUGAUGUGUUUCUUUGGUGCUGCUUAUGUUUACUUCUUCUGUCCAGAAACUAAGGGUAGAACUUUAGAUGAAAUUGAUGAAUUAUUCGGUGAUACUUCAGGUACUUCUAAGAGAGAAAGAGAAAUCCAUAACAGAAUCCUUAAGGAUGUUGGAUUAUUGGACUUGAUGGGUAUUAAGGAUGAAGAAGAUAAUGAAAAGACUGAAGAAGUACACAUGGAAGUUGUUGACGCUGUCGACACUGAAAGUAACUAA